UGCCGUUACCGGUGUGGACGGUGCGAGUCGUGGCGGGCCGGCUUCCCAGCAGUCCCCCUUCCCUUCUCCCUCCCUCCCUCCCUCCCUCUCCCUCGGCCGCCGUUUCCUUCGCCGACUUCCGGUCCAGGCCUGGCAGCGUCCCGCAGCCUCGGCCUCCGUUGCUCUGCCCGGCCCGACCCCAGCGCCAGCGCGGGCGGCCUUGUGGAGCCUGAGGUGCCGCGGCGAAGGACUACGACCCUCGGGCUGCCCUCAGGAUCGCCGCGCUCGCCGCCGCCGCCAUGGCCAUGAGGCAGACGCCGCUCACCUGCUCGGGCCACACGCGGCCCGUGGUGGAUCUGGCCUUCAGCGGCAUCACGCCCUACGGUUACUUUUUAAUCAGCGCCUGCAAAGAUGGCAAACCUAUGUUACGCCAGGGAGAUACAGGAGACUGGAUUGGAACCUUUCUGGGUCAUAAAGGUGCUGUUUGGGGCGCAACAUUGAAUAAGGAUGCCACAAAAGCCGCUACAGCAGCUGCAGAUUUCACGGCCAAAGUGUGGGAUGCUGUCUCAGGAGAUGAACUGAUGACCCUGGCUCAUAAGCACAUUGUCAAGAGUGUGGAUUUUACACAGGAUAGCAAUUAUUUGUUAACUGGGGGCCAGGAUAAACUGUUGCGCAUAUAUGACUUGAACAAACCUGAAGCAGAACCUAAGGAAAUUAGUGGUCACACUUCUGGUAUUAAAAAGGCUUUAUGGUGCAGUGAAGAUAAACAGAUUCUUUCAGCUGAUGAUAAAACUGUUCGCCUUUGGGAUCAUGCUACAAUGACAGAAGUGAAAUCUCUAAAUUUUAACAUGUCUGUUAGCAGUAUGGAGUAUAUUCCUGAGGGAGAGAUCCUGGUCAUCACUUACGGGCGGUCCAUUGCUUUUCAUAGUGCAGUAAGUUUGGAGCCAAUUAAAUCCUUUGAAGCUCCUGCAACUAUCAAUUCUGCAUCGCUUCAUCCUGAAAAGGAAUUUCUUGUUGCAGGUGGAGAAGAUUUUAAACUUUAUAAGUAUGAUUAUAAUAGUGGAGAAGAAUUAGAAUCCUACAAGGGUCACUUUGGUCCCAUUCACUGUGUGAGAUUUAGUCCUGAUGGUGAACUCUAUGCCAGUGGCUCUGAAGAUGGGACACUGAGAUUGUGGCAGACUGUUGUAGGAAAAACCUAUGGCCUCUGGAAAUGUGUGCUUCCUGAAGAGGACAGUGGUGAACUGGCAAAACCAAAGAUGGGCUUUCCAGAAACAACGGAAGAGGAGCUAGAAGAAAUUGCUUCAGAGAAUUCAGAUUCCAUCUAUUCUUCAACUCCUGAAGUUAAGGCCUGAGCAUCGGGCUUAUGCCACAGAUUCUAUAUAAUUUAUGAACUAAAGGAGCGAGCAGAGAAAAGCAUUGGCCUUUCAGAGAUCCUCUCUGCCUGCAGCAGACAGGGCAGUAGAUAAUGGGGAGUAUGAAUUAGCUCCACUGCGAGAACAACUAACUUGGUGUUAACCUAUAAGUGAAAAAAACUUGGUGUGUCAGAAGAAGAACCAGGCGGAGUUAGCACUGAUAGUGCCAUGGCCCCUUGUCUUUAAUGAAUAUGUGCAGCCAGUGUACAAUUCCAUUAUUGCAUUUAAUUUCUUAUAGCUCUUUUAUGUUAUGGAGAAGAAAAAUAUAUUGGCCUAUUUUUCUGACUUUUCCCUUAAAGCAGAAUGGCUUUUUUCUCUUUGCUUUUAGUUGUGAAGAAGAGGAGUACAUGAGAGAGUAACUGGCUUGGUUUCUCUUCCCUUGUAGAAUACUUCUGAACAUCUAAUUUUUUCAGUUAUCAAAAUAAAAUGCCUCCAAAACAAAAGUUUUGUUUCUUUGGGAAAUUCUGAUACAUUUGAACAUUAAAAAUGGAAAUAGCCAAAAUGUUUUCCUAUGUCUUACACAGCCAUAGCAAAAACCUUUGCAUACAGAAUCUAUACUAAAUAUUUCCUAAUUUUGAAAUUGAAUUAUGUAAACUUGAAAUUUUCAUGGCUCUUGCUGGAUAUGCAUUUACCUUUCCUUGCAAAUUUCAUAGAAAUGCUUGAGCUGCCUUUUUAAAUGACGCAUGCUAGUUAUAAAGAAAAACAAUUAGAGAUAGCAGGAAAGUCACUUAAAAUCCCAAUUUUUCCAUAAACUAUUAAAAUUAUGUAACUAAUACACAGUACAUCUGUGUGUUUUGUACAAAUAGAUCUACAUGAUUUUUUGCGCAUGGGUUAACUAUUAACUUGCAGUAUUUAAGCUGUAUCAAACUUUAUUUUACACCAUUCUUUUAAGUUGGGCUCAUACUCAAAAAGCCAUGUUAUCAGCUUUCUUAUAAAUUAGAUCAGAUGAGUUUAGACUAUUAAUUUAUUUCCUUUCUAAAAUAUGGAGGGAGCCGGGUGUGGUAGGGCUCGCCUUUAAUCCCAGCAGAGGCAGAGGCAGGUGGAUUUUUGUUUGUUUGUACCAGGCCAGCUGGGGCUACAGGGAGACCCUGUCUCAAAAAGACCAAAAAAAUAAAAUAUGGAGGGAAUAUUAAACUAGUAAUUUGGAAAUACUUCAGAUGAAUACCAUUUAAUUUGCUUUCUGAAUUUGUCUUUUGAAUGGCCUGUGAUAACUUUGCCU